UCUGCCUCACCUCCCCCAUCACUGCCUAGUCUCUGCCCCCGCGUUUACGCCUAACCCGUGCGGCCACCGCGGCGAGGCCAGGGGGCCAGGGCCGGGGGCUGAGCCAGCUCAGGCUCCUCCCGCCCGCCCGAGCCGCGAGCGCCGCCGCGCCCCGCCCUGCCCGGGUCGCCUGUGCUCAGUCCCGCGCUCGCUCGGUCAUGGGCGCCGCCGGCUCCUCGGCUCUGGCCCGCCUCGGCCUCCCCGCGCCGCCCCGGUCCCGCUGGCUGGGGGUGGCCGCGCUGGGACUGGCCGCCGUGGCGCUGGGGGCCGUGGCCUGGCGCCGCGCGAGGCCCCGGCGGCGCGGGCGGCUGCAGCAGGUGGGCACCGUGGCGCAGCUCUGGAUCUACCCGGUCAAGUCCUGCAGGGGGGUGCCGGUGAGCGCGGCCGAGUGCACGGCCAUGGGGCUGCGCAGCGGCCACCUGCGGGACAGGUUUUGGUUGGUGAUUAAGGAAGAUGGACACAUGGUCACUGCCCGGCAGGAGCCCCGCCUCAUGCUGGUCUCCAUCACCUAUGAGGACGAUCGCCUGAUCCUCAGGGCUCCGGACAUGGACCAGCUGGUUUUGCCGAGCAAGCAACCUUCCUCAAACACUCUCCAUGACUGCAGGCUAUUUGGUCUUGACAUCAAGGGCAGAGACUGUGGCGAUGAGGCAGCGCAGUGGUUCACCAACUUCUUGAAAACAGAAGCUUUCAGGCUGGUUCAGUUUGAAAAGAACAUGAAGGGAAGAUCAUCAAGGGACAUUUUCCCUCCUUUUGUACAGAAUUACCAGGUGGCCUACCCGGACGCCAGCCCCCUCCUGGUCCUCUCGGAAGCCUCCCUGGCAGAUCUGAAUACCAGGCUGGAGAAGAAAGUGAAGAUGGACAAUUUCAGGCCAAAUAUCGUGGUGACGGGCUGUGAUGCUUUUGAGGAGGAUACCUGGGAUGAACUCCUAAUUGGCAACGUAGAAAUGAAAAAGGUUUUGGCUUGUUCCAGGUGCAUUUUGACCACCGUAGACCCGGACACUGGAGUGAUAGACAGGAAGGAGCCACUGGAAACCCUGAAGAGCUACCGCCUGUGUGAUCCUUCUGAGAAGGAAAUACACAAGUCGUCCCCCCUUUUUGGGAUCUAUUAUUCGGUGGAAAAAACUGGAAGCCUGAAAGUGGGUGACCCCGUGUAUCGGAUGGUAGAGUGACGGAUCCACUAUGCUGAUGUGGUAAAAGGUUUCAGCAUCCUGGAGGUAUUGAUGAGGAUUUUGACGACAGCAGCACCACCACCCCGGCGAGUCCUUAUUACCAGGCUUUGACUGUCUUCAUCCUGGAAAUGAAUCUCUAUUUUUGACUUAAAUAAAUGAUUGCCUAUAAAAUUAUCUUGAAUGUUACUAUAGCUAUUACACUUCUCCAGACCUUGACAAUAUUGAUGAGUAAAGAAAGUUUAAAGGAUCAGCUAAAUAACUGCAAAAUUAAAAAAAAAAAGUUUUACAUUUUAUCAUCUGUCAUUUCAUGGAAAAUAACAGGUUUCCUGACAUACUUUUACAUGUUAGCACAGUCACAAAUUCCUGUUAGGUGGUCUUUACGUGGCUUUGGAGUCCUACCAACUUUUCACUCAUGUGUUUUUGACUUGGCCAUUAUGGAAAUCACGUUGUGUUUGAGUCUGGAAAUUAUUUUAUAGACCUCGUUUUUAUAUUUGAUCAUGCCUCUGUUAAGCCAUAUAAAAGUAACUUGUUGCAUGUAACUGCCAGAUGCACCACCUGGGAUUCCAACUGUGAUAAAGGAGAGAAUGGGAUUUCAAAGAGAAGGAAAUUUUGAGAGUAGGAGUGGGAGGAAGGAAGCGUGAACAUAUUUUUUUAAUGUGCGAGUAAUUUUUUUUGUAACAAAGAGAAAUGAACUAUUCUGGUAUGACGAAACAAGAAUUCUCAUUCAAGUAAUAUGUGAAUGAAUUAACCCAUUUACAAUUUGUGGUUUCUUUACUACUAAUAAAUGUGAAUCUCAAUUAUA